GAAGAGAAGCGGAAGUAAACAACAACAGAAGCAGCAGCCAGCAGCGUCUUUAGCAGGAGGUGAGAUCUCUGCUGUCUGUGAUGUCACCGUGAUGUCGUGGGUGAAGCAGCGGUACCGUGACAUCGCCCCGGUGACGCUGCAGGUGGCGGGCGGGGCCGUGAGCGCCGCUCUGUACUGCGGCGAGCCAGAGGGCCUGUCGGGGGGGCUGGUGGAGUCCUUCCUGGUGGAGCUGUACCGCUGUAAGCUCUGCCAGUUCACCUGCAGCCUGAAGGCCUCGGUCAGCAGCCACCUGCGCAAACACCUCACCUACCUGGGCGGGGAGGGGGGGGGCGGGGCCCAGGACGGCCCGGGGGGAGCCCAGGAUGGCGUGGGGGGGGCCGGGCCGUAUACACUGGAGCUGAACCAAGAGGAAGAGGAGGAGAAACGCAGCGACGAAGACGAAGACUUCCUGCUUUACAACAUGCUGGACGAUAUGAGCCCGCCCACCUGUGACAUCAGCAGUGAGGGAGGGCUGCAGGUCGCACACACCUGUGAGGUGAGCACUCUGUUCGAGGAGGAGGCGGCCAUCUUCCCUCUGAAGGGGAGGUCAGGUGACCUGUCCUGUCCCAUGGACCCCCCCGCCACCCAGGAGCAGAUGGCGCAGUCCGCUCACCUCAUGACUCUGGGGCUGUGUCGUAUCUCAGCCGCCAAACCCUGCUCCUCCUCCCAACCCCUCCCCCCCCAACAAGACGCCCCACGCCCCCCCGAUGCCGCCUGCCGCUGAGGGGGGGGCACUGCAGGUCGCCAGACGCCGGAGGACCAGGGACGCACACACACGGGACCAGAAGAAGAAGAAGAAGAAGACGUUCAGGAGACAACAGACCCCCUCAGACGGAUGGAGGAGCCGGCUGAUUGGACGAGCAGGAGGGAAGAGAACAGACAG